AAAGGAAAAAAAUAAAAAAAAACUCAAUCAAUCACUCUAUAAAACCAGAAAAGGAAACAGACCUCUUUCUCUCCUUCCUUAUCCCAACUAUUAACUUCUGAGUGGAAAGGGGAAAAAUGGCGGAAUCGGUUGAGCUACCAAGUCGGUUGGCAAUUCUACCGUUCAGGAACAAGGUUCUUUUACCUGGCGCCAUAAUUCGAAUUCGUUGCACUUCUCACAGCAGUGUUACAUUGGUGGAGCAAGAGCUGUGGCAGAGAGAAGAGAAGGGCUUAAUUGGCAUUUUACCUGUUCGAGAUGCUGCUGAAACAGCAUCGGUUGGUUCCACUGUGGCUCCAGGUGCAGGAGGUGAAUCUGGAGAACGUGGCGCAAAAAUUCAAGUUGGUAUAUCAGAUUCUAACAAAGCUGAUGGCAAAAAUCAACAGGAAGUUAUUCAUUGGCAUAACAGGGGUGUGGCAGCUCGUGCUUUACAUCUAUCCAGAGGGGUGGAGAAACCGAGUGGAAGAGUUACAUAUAUUGUGGUCCUUGAAGGUUUGUGCAGGUUCAGUGUCCAUGAGCUUAGCACAAGAGGAACAUAUUCCAUGGCACGGAUAUCCUCACUUGAGAUGACAAAGACCGAGAUGGAGCAUGUGGAACAAGAUCCAGAUUUUAUAGCACUGUCUCGCCAGUUCAGAGCAACUGCCAUGGAGCUGGUUUCGGUGCUUGAGCAGAAACAAAAAACCGGUGGAAGGACAAAAGUUCUUCUGGAGACAAAAGAGCAAUACAUAUUCCAGAUGAGAGCUAUAAAAGAGGAGCUUGGUGACAAUGAUGAUGAUGAAGACGACUUGGCUGCAUUAGAGCGAAAGAUGCAGAGUGCUGGAAUGCCUUCAAAUAUCUGGAAGCAUGCACAGAGGGAGUUGAGGAGGCUUAAGAAAAUGCCACCUCAACAACCUGGAUAUAAUAGUUCACGUGUUUACCUGGAGCUUCUGGCUGAUUUGCCCUGGGAGAAAGCAAGUGAAGAAUAUGAACUGGAUCUAAAAGGAGCAAAGGAACGGCUUGACAGUGAUCAUUAUGGUCUAGUCAAAGUUAAGCAAAGGAUUAUCGAAUAUCUGGCAGUUCGCAAGCUUAAACCAGAUGCAAGAGGUCCCGUUUUGUGCUUUGUUGGCCCACCAGGUGUUGGGAAGACAUCUUUAGCAUCAUCAAUUGCAUCUGCUUUGGGCAGAAAAUUUGUACGCAUAUCUCUUGGUGGUGUUAAAGACGAGGCUGAUAUUAGAGGGCACAGGAGGACGUACAUCGGAAGCAUGCCUGGACGUCUUAUUGAUGGACUAAAGAGGGUAGGAGUUUGCAAUCCAGUCGUGCUACUGGAUGAAAUCGAUAAGACGGGCUCUGAUGUGCGAGGAGAUCCUGCUUCUGCUCUGCUAGAGGUUCUUGACCCCGAGCAGAAUAAAGCUUUCAACGACCACUAUUUGAAUGUUCCGUUUGAUCUUUCAAGAGUGGUUUUUGUAGCAACGGCAAACCGGGUCCAGCCAAUCCCUCCUGCACUCUUGGACAGGAUGGAAGUCAUUGAGUUGCCUGGAUAUACACCUGAAGAGAAGCUCAAGAUAGCCAUGCAACAUUUGAUUCCAAGAGUUCUGGAUCAGCAUGGAUUGGCUUCUGAGUUCCUUCAAAUUCCGGAGGCUAUAGUGAAGCUUGUUAUCCAGAGGUACACUCGGGAGGCAGGUGUUCGGAAUCUGGAGAGACACCUGGCUGCAUUGGCUCGUGCAGCAGCAGUGAGAGUUGCGGAGCAAGAACAAAUUGUCCCUUUGAGCAAAGAUGUGCAGGGGCUAGCUUCCCCAUUGCUAGACAGCAGACUUGCAGAGGGAGCUGAAGUGGAAAUGGAAGUCAUUCCAGUUGGUGCAAGUAAUCAUGAAAUAUCAAACACGUUAAAAAUUUCCUCGACUUUUGUUGUUGAUGAGACCAUGCUGGAGAAAAUAUUGGGGCCUCCAAGGUUUGAUGACAGAGAAGCUGCAGAUCGGGUAGCAACUCCUGGGGUAUCUGUGGGACUUGUUUGGACCACUUUUGGCGGGGAGGUUCAGUUUGUUGAGGCAACAGCAAUGGCGGGAAAGGGAGAACUGCAUCUAACCGGGCAACUUGGCGAUGUUAUCAAGGAAUCGGCACAAAUAGCACUAACAUGGGUAAGAGCCCAUGCAGCAGAUUUUAAGUUGACAACUGCUGAGGAAAUGAGUCUUCUGGAGGGCCGUGAUAUUCAUGUACAUUUUCCUGCCGGGGCGGUGCCUAAGGAUGGGCCUUCUGCUGGUGUCACUCUGGUAACAGCUCUAGUUUCAUUAUUCAGUCAGAAGAGAGUGAGAGCAGAUACAGCAAUGACCGGAGAGAUGACUUUGAGGGGUCUUGUGCUACCAGUUGGUGGUGUGAAGGAUAAGAUAUUAGCAGCACAUAGAUAUGGUAUCAAGAGAGUUAUUCUGCCAGAAAGAAAUUUGAAGGAUUUGGUUGAAGUACCAGCAGCUGUGCUUUCUAGUAUGGAGAUUUUACUAGCCAAGCGAAUGGAAGACGUGUUGGAGCAGGCUUUCGAAGACGGCUGCCCUUGGAGGCAACGUGCAAAAUUAUGACAAAGGCCUGAAGGCAUUUUCAUACAAUUAUUUUGGAGAUGAAAAAUUUGUACAGGUAGCUACUCACGGCAUCAAGAAGCACCUGAUUUGAUAUUUUACUCCACGUUUGGAAAUCUGACGAAUUGUUGAAGGCUCAGCAGGUGAUGGUUUACCCGACGAAGGAAGAAGGAAGAAGAUUGAGAUUGAUUCUUCUGGUAAAAUUUAUCUUUCUUGGUCAAACUGCAUUGACUGAGGAAAGAUAAUACAUCCCACCUCAUUUUACUGUUAAAAAGAAUUAUAUCCUUUUUUUUUUGAAGCUAUGUAAAUGAAUUUUUUCUUCAAAAUUUAUUUGAAUAUGUAUAUUUAAUUUAAUUAGGAGAUGGUAAAAACUUCAUUUAAAUUAUAAAAAUUGACUUCUUAAAUAAUUUCAAGUGAAGUUGAAAUAAUACGUUUUAGGUUCUACUAGUGGAAGUUGGAAUGUAUUAUUUUAUUUCACUUAAAGUCUUUUUUGAAGUCAAUUUUUAUAAUUUUCUAAUAGUUUUCAUCAUUUUCUAAUUGAAUUAAUGUAAAAUUUUCAGUUUGCUUCAAGAGUAACCUAAAUUACGUGUUUAUAAUCAGAGUAUCUGAUUCACUAAUGUGUUUGUAAUCAAAUGUAUGAUUCCCUCGUGUACAGAAUUAUUCGAUUGGAAAAGGGAAUACCACUAUGACUACUAAGAUA